AUGGCGGAGAACCUGCAGAUUGUUCAGCCGAAUGGAGACUUAUUAAGAGAAUCGCGGGACGCCAUGUUGGUGGUUGCUACACUUAUCGCUACUGUGACCUUUCAAGCCGGAGUCAACCCUCCAGGUGGUGUUUGGCAGGAAAGCACAAAAACACAUGAAGCUGGAAAGUCUAUCAUGGGUUAUGACAAAAAUGGAUACAGGCUAUUCCUUUUUGGUAACACUCUAGGUUUUUCAAUUGCUUGCAAUAUCAUUAUUUACUUGAUACCGAACACCCCAUUAAGGAAUCUAAAGGUGAUGGUGUACAUUGCCAUAUUUUCAUUGACCUUCACUUAUGGUGUUUCAGUUGCUGCUAUUACGCCUGAAACGUCUGUGAAUUUAAGCUUGUUCUUGAUUUUCAUUGGCGUACCUUACUUAAUCACGUAUGUGCUGGAACGUUACUACAACUAA